AUGGAGGAUGUUUGUCGGCAAUUCAUUACAGAUCAGAAGAUCAUAAUGUCCAGCAAAUCAGCUGAUCCAUACAGAGGCUACAGCUGUGCUAGAAAAUUCAAGAGCGAUCUCGCUGAUCACGUUGGAGAUGUCUUUGCCAAUGCAGUUGCAAUUCUUUUGCAGGGAAAACUGCGCCCACUUGUCAACCAGUAUACAAUGACGAACAAAGUCGGCCGCUUGACAAACAAAGUCGUGGGGAAGUACAUACUCAAGACAGACAACACUAUACAAGAUCUCAAGAGUAUGCAGCAUGCCAAUUAUAUACGUGCAGUUAGUUUUGACACAUCUGGGGCCGGACCUGUAAAUAACAUAAAAGUGGCCAAGCUCUACGCCAAGGAGAUAGCCAGCUCGGAUACUCCUGGGUCUCUGAUGGAACUGAGAGUAGCUGCCGAGCACUACGGCCAGAAGGUCACCAUUUUUACUGAGAAAAAUGGAAAGCUAGUCAAAGACAGCUCUAUAAAUCCGUCAAAUAAGAAGACGCACGAUGAGAUUGAGUUAGUGUAUAUCCCUCCGCCGGAUCCCAAUUCAGUGGGUCAUUAUGAUGUCUUGAUCAGUGGAGUUCGGAGGAGGGUUGAAGCAGACCAGAGCAAUUGUUUGUUCCACGCCUAUGCCUUCUCACGAGACCCCAGCCUCUCACGCUCACAACUCAAACAAGAGGCUGCUAAAUUGAGGCAGACUGUUGUUACUGACAUCACAAAUGAGCCCGGUAAGUUUGCCGAACAUAUCAAGCUUAGAGUACAGAUGGAUAAUCUGCGCAGAGGCAAUCGAUUCGCCAUGAUAGGAGCCGGACCACCAAAUCAUAAAACUAAAGUUCUGGAUGGCUUCUACAAGCAAGCAGUGAAGGGAGAUACGAUUUUUACUAUGUAUGAGCAAGUCAACACUAUCAAGUGCAAGGCUUGGAGAAGAUAUAACAAAAACCUCACUGUCGACAGUAAGAAUGUUGUUCAAGAAACAGAUGCUCGGCUGUCCGAAUUUAAAGUUACGAUGGAUAAUCUCAACCUAGUAGAUGCCGCUGGCAUGCGUUGCUGGCAUACUAAGGCAGUGGUGGGCAUGAUAAGCCGUUUAAAUCCGGAUCCUAGGGAAUCAGAAGUAUCCUAUCACUUGUGCCCUAGUAGAGGGGGUGCUAACGCAGGAGACCAGUAUGCCAACGCCAUCCCUGCAAGCCCACACUACAACAACCUCGAGAAAUACAUCUGGUCUAAACCACUGAAAAAUGUGCUUGCCAAUCAUGACUUCACUAUGACUGUGAGAGGAUAUUGUGGACCUUUGACUCAAUCCUAUCAGGGUAAGCGUGAUAUAGACGAUCAAACAAAGGCAUUACUGGAUUUGAGGUAUGCCUUGGUUGAAGUGAUUGAACCAAGAGCGUACAGGUUGCAAGAUCCAACAACUUUCACUGUGCAUAUCCCACCUGGAGCCACUGUAACUCAGAAAGACCUUGAUGAUAUAAUCGAGGCUACACACCAGAAAGAGUCGGAUAUUGGAGCUGACACUGACCUUGCUGCUCGAACAGUCACCUUCUACAUGCCUCAGGAUUAUGAGCUGUUCACUCCUAUAGACCUCACUUUGUUGCAGUCCAAUGGAGAGCUAUAUCCUGGGGAGUUGACCCAAGCAAAGGUCAAGCAGAAAAAGCUGAGGAUUAACAAGUCCCCGUACUAUCGAAGCAAGCCUAAGGGUACCAAAACAGCUCAAGACAAGAUUAAUUUUGCCAACGACUUUGCCGCUUUUGCUGUUUGAAACUUUGAACGUUGCAUGAACUGAGAUAUAAUAUUUAGUUGUAUAUAUUAGAGAGUUUAGUUGUAGUUUUAUGAGUCCAGUAGUAUUGUCAUCAGCUAGAGUAGGAGUUUUGAACAAACCACAAAACUGUACUUUUAUAGCUAGCUAUUAUAGACUUUCAGUAUAGUGAUGCUUAUUUUUUGAAAAGUAGUAGAGCGUUAAUUGUUGAGAAUUGUAAUUUAGUGCCUUAG